GAUUUUAGAUAUAACAGUUUUGCCGUUAAGUCCUUGGCGUGUGGUAAUAAAUAAAAUGAGACAACUUUGAUAAAAAAAAAUGUUUCAAAAGAUCUCAUACUGAGCUGGUUCUUAAAAAUUAAUCAAAAAUAAUCAUAGACUUAAAGUUAAAUUAUUCAUUUAUAUAGGGAUCAUGUGCAGUGAGGGAGACAUAUACUCCGCAAAAUUGACAAAUACUAAAAGUUGAUAACAUUUUUAAUUAUGUAUAUACAUAGAAUAAGUGUGAGAUAGACAAAUUAUCAUUGAAAGUAACGAAGAUUUAUGUAUAAUUACUGAGCGAAUACUAAGGAUAUUUAGAAAGGAAAGUCUACGUAACGCGAUUUAUUGUAAAACGUCAAUACCAAUUAAACCAUGAUUGACCCCAGUUCAAGUGAGGAGGAAGGCGAUGACGAUCCCGUGGUGGUUGCACCGAAAGGCCGCGCAGCUGCAACAGUGUCUUCUACUUCAAAUUCCAAGCCUAAUGUUAAUGCCACUGCAAAUGCCGACUUGAACUUCUCCGGUUCUAAACAUAAUGGCGACCAUUUUCAAAUCUCUGCGCAUAAAUCAUUUGGGGGUACAGCUAGCACCUCUGGCAAUGCAUCUGAACUUGGCAAUGGAGCGGCAAGUGGUAACAGCAAGUUAGAGCAUGGGACCCAUAUGAUGACCAGUGGUGAUGCCUCAGGAAAUUUAGAAGUACCAAACAGUGCCAUACCAAGCGGUAAUUCACAAGAGACGCUCAACCAAAGUGUUGGCUCAUCACGUGCAAAUUCUCUACCUCGACCGAUAUCGCCAUCACCGUCAGUUGUGAGCGAUAAAAAUGAUGGAGCCGUACAUGAAAAACAUGAACGUGAAGAAGAGGAUCGUAAGCGGCGUAUACAAUUAUAUGUUUUUGUUUCACGUUGUAUAUCGUAUCCAUUCAAUGCCAAGCAGCCGACUGACAUGACCAAGAGGCAGCCUAAAAUAGCCAAGCAACAAUUGGACACAAUUACUCAGCGAUUUCAAGCUUUUCUAAAGGGCGAAACACAAAUAAUGGCUGAUGAAGCCUUUCAAAAUGCUGUACAAAGUUAUCAUGAUGUUUUCUUGAAAUCAGAGCGAGUACAAAAAAUGGUACAAUCGGGAGCGUGCUCCCAACAUGAUUUUCGUGAAGUUUUCCGAAAUAACAUCGAGAAACGCGUGAGGUCUUUACCUGAAAUCGAUGGUCUAAGCAAGGAAACGGUUCUUACUUCGUGGAUGGCCAAAUUCGAUAUAAUACUUAAAGGCACUGGUGAAGAAGACUCCAAACGACCUUCGAGAAUGCAGCAAUCACUUAAUAGUGAAUUGAUUUUGUCUAAGGAACAGUUGUACGAUAUGUUUCAACAGAUUUUGAGUGUUAAGAAAUUUGAACACCAAAUUCUAUUCAACGCGUUAAUGCUUGAUUCAGCCGAUGAGCAAGCAGCUGCUAUCCGUCGUGAGCUAGACGGUCGAAUGCAACGAGUUAGCGAAAUGGAAAAGAACCGAAAACUAAUGCCAAAGUUUGUUCUUAAAGAGAUGGAGUCUCUUUAUAUUGAAGAGUUAAAAUCGUCCAUAAACCUUCUGAUGGCGAAUUUGGAAUCCUUACCAGUAUCUAAAGGAAAUAUGGAUAGCAAAUAUGGAUUACAAAAACUCAAACGAUACAAUCAUAGCACUCCAUCCUUUCUGAAGAUGAUAUUGCGAUCACAUGGCUCACUUUCGAAAUUGGAAGGUGACGCAGAUGAGGGCAUAACGCAACUAACUAAAUUGGAUGUUGUGCUUACAUUUCAAUUGGAAGUUAUCGUCAUGGAAGUUAAGGGUCUCAAAUCUUUGGCGCCUAAUCGAAUUGUGUAUUGCACUAUGGAAGUAGAAAACGGUGAAAAACUACAAACCGAUCAGGCGGAGGCUUCAAAACCAAUGUGGGAUACGCAAGGUGACUUCACAACGACACACCCAUUGCCAGUAGUUAAAGUAAAACUAUAUACAGAAAACCCUGGUAUGUUGGCAUUAGAAGACAAAGAACUGGGCAAAGUUACAAUAAAACCAACACCACUUUCGUCGAAGUCUCCUGAAUGGCAUCGAAUGGUAGUGCCUAAAAAUCUUCCAGAUCAAGACCUCCGAAUUAAGAUUGCUUGUCGGUUGGACAAACCUCUAAAUAUGAAGCACUGUGGGUACCUUCAUGCAAUUGGUAAAUCAGUUUGGAAGAAGUGGAAGAAACGGUAUUUCGUGUUAGUUCAGGUGUCCCAGUACACAUUCGCAAUGUGUAGCUACAAAGAGAAGAAGUCUGAGCCAUCGGAAAUGAUGCAAUUGGAUGGAUACACAGUUGAUUACAUAGAAGCGGCGAGCGCCAAUUUAAUGUUUGGCAUCGAUUUAAAUGGAGGGCGAUAUUUUUUCAAUGCAGUUCGAGAAGGUGAUAGUAUUGCAUUUGCCUGCGAUGACGAAAAUGAAUGUAGUCUCUGGGUCAUGGCUAUGUAUAGGGCUACGGGGCAAUCACACAAACCCACACCUCCAGUAACCCAGGAUAAAAAUUCGGCGAUAUCAAAAAUACAAGGCGAUGCCGACAAAGCUCGAAAGCAUGGAAUGGAAGAUUAUAUAAGUGCAGAUCCUUGCUUAUUCGACCACGCUGCUCUCUUCAAAGUACUACAAAAUCUUACGCUCGAGUAUCGCCUCAACGAUCCUUUUGCGUCAUUGGGUUGGUUCAGUCCUGGUCAGGUCUUCGUGCUCGACGAAUAUUGUGCGCGAUAUGGAGUGCGUGGUUGCUACAGGCAUCUGUGUUAUUUAUCAGAUUUGUUAGAUAGGGCAGAAAAGCAGUACAUGAUUGACCCCACGUUGAUACAUUACUCGUUUGCGUUUUGCGCUAGCCACGUGCACGGAAAUAGACCCGAUGGCGUUGGUAGCAUAACGCACGAGGAAAAGGAAAAGUUCGCUGAAAUCAAAGAGCGCCUUCGGAUAUUACUUGAGUAUCAAAUAACAAAUUUUCGCUUUUGUUUUCCAUUCGGUCGUCCGGAAGGUGCUUUAAAAGCUACCCUGUCUCUCUUAGAGCGUGUACUUAUGAAGGACAUUGUUACACCCGUACCACCGGAAGAAGUGCGUAUGAUGAUCAAGAAGAGUUUAGAAACAGCAGCCCUAGUUAAUUAUACACGGCUAUCUUCGGAAGCAAGAAUUGAAGAGGAUCUCCGUGGUGAAAUCAUGGUACCGGCAGCGAAGAAACUCGAAGACCUCAUACAUCUGGCUGAACUUUGUGUUGAUUUGCUACAACAAAAUGAAGAACACUAUGCAGAGCUUCGAAAGCAUGAGAAAAAGAAUAAGGAAAAAAAGGAAGGUCAAGGCACAAAAGAGGAAACAGCCGAAGCUGCUACAUUGGGCGCUGCGGGGCAAGGUAUAAAUGGGCUAGGAGCAACAGCCGCCGCCGGUAUCGGCAGUAAUGAUGGUGAUGCUGGAAAAUCGGCCCCAGAAGCGGGAGCUUCAGGAGCAGAUGGAGCAACAGCGUUUCGCUACUGCAUGCCAACACAUGCAGUAUAUACCUCACCAGUACCAACGGCAUUCGCAUGGUUCAGUGACCUGUUGGUGGAGCAUGCAGAAAUCUUCUGGUCGCUAUUUGCUGUGGACAUGGAUAGGGUACUCACCGAGCAGCCACCAGAUACGUGGGACUCAUUUCCCCUAUUUCAAAUACUUAAUGACUAUUUGCGUGCAGACGACAAUUUGCGGAACGGGCGCUUUCAUCAGCACUUGCGUGACACGUUUGCACCACUAGUUGUACGCUACGUCGAUCUCAUGGAGUCAUCAAUCGCUCAAUCAAUACACAAGGGCUUCGAAAAGGAACGCUGGGAUAGUAAAGGAAAUGGUUGUGCCACAUCCGAGGAUCUCUUUUGGAAAUUAGAUGCCUUACAAUCGUUCAUACGUGAUCUCCAUUGGCCGGAUGCAGAGUUUCGUCAACAUUUGGAGCAACGCCUGAAAAUGAUGGCAACUGAAAUGAUUGAACAAUGUAUCCAGCGUACGGAUUCAUCAUUUCAGUCGUGGCUAAAGAAAAACGUGGCCUUCAUUUCAACCGAUUAUAUAAUACCUUCGGAGAUGUGCGCAAUGGUUAAUGUGAUAUUAGAUGCUAAAAAUCAAAGCUUUAAACUAACUACAAUAGAUGGUAUUGAUUUGUACAAAUUUCAUGCAAAAAUUGAUGACCAAAUCGAUAAAGCGAAUGUAGCUAUGACACAAGGACUCAGUAGUAAACUUAUGUCUGUGCUAGAGUCGACUUUGUCGAAACUGGCACGUUACGACGAAGGCAGCUUGAUUGGUUCCAUACUUAGCUUUACAAACGUGUCCAGCUCAGGGAAGGACCUCGGUCAAGGUUAUGUAAAUUUCUUUCGUAAUAACAUGGAUCAAAUACGUGGUAAAAUCGGUGACGAUUUGUGGACACUAAACUUUUUCGAACAGUGGUAUACGCAGCAGAUUAACAUGCUUUGUAAUUGGCUCUCCGAGAGGCUAGAUCAUGCUCUCCACUAUGCUCAAGUUACGUCCAUAUCACAUAUAACAAAGAAAAUUUAUUCCGAUUUUGAGCUGCAAGGAGUACUAGAGGAUAAACUCAAUUCCAAAGCAUAUCAAACUGUUGCCCAACGUAUGGCCACUGAGGAGGCGACGUGCGCUUUAACCAUGCCCGAUGUUGCCGAGUGUGACGAGAGCGUGGACGGGCUAAAAGGUGAAGGAGCUGACGAAGAUGGCGCCGGUGAAGAUGGUGGUGGUGGUGGAGGCGCUUCACGUGGUUUACCCAAACCGAAAAUUGCCGCCGCACAAGCUGCAGCCGUAACUAACGUCGUGGCUGGUCGGGUUGGCAAUUUAUUAGGAAAAGGUAUUGGUGGACUUAGCUCAAAGUUGGGAGGUGGAAGCUGGUUUUAAAGCCAACCCAAUGUAACGUAUUGAUAUUAAGGAGCCUAAUAGCGAUUCACGGGCAAAAAGAAUUGAUCGGUAUUACGGCGGUUAUAUAGCAUACAACCAUAUAACAAAGCUACAACGUGAACUUUUAAAUAUGUACAUGUAUAUGCCUGUAAUAAUAUUCUUACAUACAUAUAUAUCUAAUAUAUACCUAAUAAAGCUUAUAAAUACGAAUUAUAUUAAUCUACAUACAUAACACCUAUGUUUCUACAAUAGUUAACCAUAAAAAAAUGUUUGCUAAACGGUAAAAUUAUUAAACAUAACAACGUUUUAUUCAAUACCUACAGUAAGUUAAUAAAUUUUUCUUCCUUUUCUGAUAUAACAUUUAAGAACUAGCGAAAACCUAAAAAAAGUUAAAAAAUUUUUAUGUUACUAGAAGCUAAGACGUAUAUAGAUAUAUAUUCUAAUAUACUACAUAUGGUUUUAAAUAUACAUACGUACAUAUUCAUAUAUAUAUAUUAAACAAUGAGCGUCUCACUGAAAUAUCGUAUCGAUUUCUCAAGAUAGGUGAUUUUUUUUCGAUAUUAACAGCAACAUUUAUGCUAUGUCUUUAUACAUAUAAUAAUUAUAUAUUUCCAUGUACACGCUUUUAUCUGCAUUAUAUUAUAAAUGCUAUCUGAAAUUAGGCGAGAGUAUAGAAAAUACUAUUAUCAAUUUUUAUAUAAAUUAUUUAAUUUAAUUAUGAAUACUAAUAAUCUGUACGUCUUUAAACGUUUACCGUCGCGGAAAUCUUGCGAAAAUGUUCGUAAUUGAUAAAUAUAAAAACGUUUAAAACAGGGCAAUAUACUCACUUUGAUACUGAGAGCCAAGUCCAUGCAAUAGAAACAUAUAACAAAAUCUACAAUAUAUAUCCAGUUUCACUAUCUCGCAAUUUAACACCAGCCUUACACGUGCAUAUGUAGUACAUACACAGCGGGAGUACAAUUUUACUGAGUUUCACCAACACCACCAAUACUACUGCUACAUCACCAUUAACACAACCACCGCUCCAAUAAUAACCUAAAUUCAGGAUAAGAUUAAUGUCAAGAAACACUUGAAAUAUUAAUUAUACAUUCUUCAUGGAACUGCGAAUACAGUAGUACCUCGAUAUAAAAUACAUUUCUUUAACGAAAAUCCUGAAUAACGAAUAAGAUAAAUUUAGUGAAUCAUAAAAAAUUUAAAAGAAGUUAAGAAAAUUAUUCAUGAAUGUCUUUUGAAAAUAUUCACCAAAGAUAGACUACUUCCAUUUUUUGGAAUGUACUUAGUAAACGAAGUUAUACUUAGAUGUAAUACCUCAUACUUAUUAUUUUCAUUCUUUAUUAGUGUAAGCUGCUUAGAGAAAAAAGUAUAAUCCUAGACUCUAAUAACUGUCAAAAAAAAUAUGGCAUUGAGAAAUUUCUUUGAGAAAAGUUAUAGUGGAUAAAUAAACCUAUUUGAUUUAUUUACUCCUUUUAAUGUUUUGAACUUGUAAAUUAACCAGGUUAAGUAUGAAGAGAGAAAGUAUCUGCUAACUUGGUCUUCCUUAUUAUUGAGGUCAACUUAUUUCCCGUUACUUUUCACUUUUUUGACGCGUAGUGUUGUCGAUGUUCAACUGUUCGUGGUAACUUGGUUUUAACGUCAUUUACCAGAUAAUUUGUUGUAAAAAAGCUGCUCAUUUGUCGGAACCGACCAUAUCGGACAACAAAAGUAUAUAGGUGCUAUAUAUACUGAACGAUGUAAAUCAAGUCUUUGUAUGAUAAACUUUUUAUAUAACAGGAUAUCUUUUUAUUUGAUUUCUCUUUUUCUUCACUAAAUUUGGCACAGCUUAUUCUCCAAGGCAGCAUUACAAUCUUCAAACACAUCAUUCUGUUUAAAGGAUUGUAAUUACACAGAUAUAUGUAACAGUAUUUUAUAUCGAAAAACUAUUUUUGCGCAGAAAUUGUUAGCUACACAUAUAUUACCGUUGCAUUAUACGAGUAUAGAGUAUCUAAACGAGUUUUUAAGAGUGAAAUUUGCAGAGAAAUAAUUUCAAUUAACCUAAAAUAUAUUAAGAGUUAUUAUUACAAGCAUACAAGUAUAUACAUAUACGAUAUGUACCUAUGUAUAUAAUACUUUAAUAAGUAACAUAUAAUUAAUAUAUCAGUCAUAUAUAGGAUAUAUUCCGAAUGAACAACUUUAGUUCAGCUCUAUGUUAGAACUUAUUAUGACUUGUUUAAUAUAACUAAAAAUAAUUGCAUAGAGAAAACCAAUAAAAUCAACACGUAUAUGGACAUAAAAAUAAAAUAAUUUACAUAAAUAACUGUAUACAUGUAUGUAUGUAUGUAAAUUAUACAUACAUACAAAUCGGCAUAUUUAAAAUACUUACGUACAGUUAACUCGCGGUAACUUCAAUACCCUUAAAACUUGUUUAACCACUAACUCGAACUCGCUUUAGUCCAUUGAACAAUUUCAUAAAUCAAUAAUUAAUUCGUGUAUAUAGGUACAUAUACAUAUAUCCUUUUACUGAAUAACAACAUCCUUUUCUCAUUAAUACAAUAAGAAAUUCUUCCGAAAAGGGAUUGAUUGAAAUAGCUUAUCUUGAACAGUUACUUAAUACUGAUAUAAAUGUAUUUAAUCGCGAAAAAUUUCCGUUGCAUGUUUCUCAGUGCAAACCACACACAUUAACAACUGAAAAAAAUAUGUCAUCUCGGACGUGGAUACUAAUUAUAAUUGUAUCGAGUUAUCGUGGGUGCUCAGUAUGUGCACAAAUAUGUACAAGUAAGUGAAUGUACUUAUGUACAUAUGUAUAUCUAAAGAUAAAAAUUUUUUUAGCAAAUAAAUCAAUCAAACAAUAAGCACCAAAAAAACACCAAAAAUAUAUAUAUUGAAUCGAAUUAUUGUAAUUUAAUUAUAUAAAGUAAUAAUUUUAAUUAUAAGAAAUAUUACAAUGUAUCGCAUUGAAACUGCAAAUACAUUACAUAUACAUACAUUUACAAGUACCAAUAAGUCUACAAAUGUACGUAAAUAUAUGAUAAUAAUAUUUGCAGGUGUAUGUGCGCAGAACACAACUAGGUACGUACUUGUGUAUAUAAGAAGUAUAUGGUAGUAGGUAUAUAUAACUUAAACAUAAAUAUAGAACUUAAACAUAAAUAUGUACCAUGUAUGUAAUUGAAUGCUAAAUUGUAUCCAGCUUCUAUAUCAUACAUACAUACAUGUAGAAAAUUCAUGCUUACUAUGUAAACUGUGAACUGUGAUGUGCAUGUAUGUACAAGAGUGGAGCGAGAACAAAAGUUGUUUUUUUUUGCUUAGCCCGAGGGUAAAAUUUGUAGAUUAAAAAAAAAGAAAAUUGUUUGACAAAAAUAAAUAAAUUAUUUUAACAUCUAGCGCCCCACUCAGUUUUAACGUAAAUUUUCGAGCUAAAAUUUUUAUUUCGUAAAAAACUUUUGAUAAGCUGCGGAGAGUUCUCUUUCUGACCAAUUAAAAGUUAUCACCUUAAAAUAAUUCUUUGUGGUCAUUAUUGGAGUUUUAAAAGUCUUAAGCGAUAACAUGGUUUCCUUAAGCGUUAAAAUAAAUUUUGAGUCAAAAACCGUCACAUUCGGUAAUUUUUAUAUAAAUGUAAAGAGUUUAAGCCAAAAAUUAUUUUUUCUUGUUCAAAAAAACUUUUAACUCGAAAUUUACUUUAAAACUGAGUGAACUCUAGAUGUUAAAAAAAAUUUUGUUUUUUUUAUAAUCUAUAGAUUUUACUCUCAGGCUAAGCAAAAAAAAAAUUUAGUAUGUACCAUAUACAUAUAUUGAGCUUAUUCCAUUUUCGCACCUCGCCAAUAUAAAAGCGUUUAAUUCUUGCAAAUAAUGGAAAUAUUCACUCUUAUAAUUAUGUACAUACAUAUUUGUACAAGGAAAACAAAUGUUAACCCAAAGGAUUGGUAUUAUGAAGAAACAGUUGCUUAACUCUCAAAUAAAAACUUUCAGUCAAGUUGAAAAAUAA